ACCCCUGAAAUAUUUUGAAUGGAGAUGUGGCCCCCUUUAGAAAUCCCUGGCAUAGUGUGCGGUCCCCCAGGGUCUGCAGACCACCCAAGACAGAUGGCUCCAGCCACCUUUUGAAAACCUCCAGUGAAGGAGUUUCCAUGACCUCCCCAGGCAGUCUGUUCCGUUGUUCUGGUGCAGUGGCUUUCAACCUGGUCCGCGGACUACAUCGGAGAUGUCCAAAGGGGGCUGUACCUUCAUUCAAAACCCCCUGGUUUAUCUCAUUGUAGGGCCUGAGGAGCCCUGUCCCAUUCCCACCUUCACAGCUGGCUGCCUCAGCAGAGAGGGCGAGGCCUGGGGAGGCCAGAUCCCUUCUGGGCUGAGGCAGCUCAGCUCCAAUGAGUCCCCAGCCCCCAGCCAGGCUCCCGGCCGUGAGGAGAAAGCCAAAGCCGGGAACACCAAGAAGGUGGAGGAGGAGGAGGAGGAGAUAGACAUCGACCUGAACGCGCCUGAGACUGAGAAGGCAGCGCUUGCCAUCCAGGGCAAGUUCCGUCGCUUCCAGAAACGGAAAAAGGACCCCAGCCCCUGAGCAGCUCUGCCACCCUGUCCCCACCGUCCCCCAUCCUCCCUCUGCCAGCACAGCCCGGCUCGCCCCGUGUUUGCUCGCUCCUGCCCUGCCCAGCCCAGCUUGGGCUGUUGGUAUUUUGCACGUUCUAUGUACCUGGUUUCGGGGGACGAGGGGCUCCCUAGACCUAGCUGCACCCACAUGCCGAGUUCCUGCCUGGGAAAGCGGGGCAUCCUCUUCUUAUAGCCAUGAUGUCGGCACGGCAGGCUCCUGGUGCCAUCCUCAGAAAGCCAUGAAGGAGCCAUGGGCCCCAGGCUGGACAGUGCCUCCUGGGGGCCUCAGGCCAGGGUAGGGGCAGCCCUGGGAGAGUCCUGGGCUGGAAUUCAGAGCCAGUCGGACAUAACUGCCCAUUAGCCCUGGUUAAGCCAACUCCUGGCAUGAGGGGUUCUGCUCUUGAGCACCCCCCAUCCUGAGUGGACACCCCUGAGCCACCCCACCCUGACCUAAGGGGGGGCUGCCCCUUAGCUCCCCUACACCCCCAUCCUGAGCAGCUUCCCAUCAACCCCGGCCCAUGGGGCCACCCACUCCCACCAGGGACCCUGACUGGGACAGCCAGAGGCCCAGGACCAGAUGGGGGGUGGGGGUACAGAGCCAUGCAGGGGGAGGGGAAGGGCCAUAAAGCCAGAUGGGGGGGGAUCAGAGCUGAGUAGACCCAGGACCACGAGGGGCAGGCAGGGCUAGUGGGUGGAGGACAGGGCCUAUGGCCAGGCCAGGAGGGGGAAGGGCCCUAGGUGGGGUGUGUGUGCUGCAGGAUGCCCCCCAGUCCUGUGGGACCAGGCCUGAAUUGCAGAUAAACAGGGCAGGCCCCACCAAAUGUCUAGGCUCCCCCAGGGCCAGGCAGGGGAGGGGGUCUGGGGCCAGGAGAGGGGCAAGGUCACCUUUCCCUCCAGGAUUUUCUUAGACAACAUGGGGGCCAGAGGCAGCUGGUGACCCCUCCCCUGGGCUGGUGUUGCCUGGAGCUGUGGACAGAGGUGACUGUGAGGUGGGGGUGGGGGAAUGUCCAGGCCCUGCUGGGGAGCAGGAGCCAGACUUUGAUCUGCUUCGGCCGGGUGGGGAGCUCCUGCUCUAAGCCCCACGUAGCGAGCACACGAUGUGUCCGUACUGGCUCCUUGGAGAACCCUCCCCACUGCGAACAAGGGGGACUCCCCCCGAGUGGAAACGCCCUCCCCCAUUGGGGGACAAUGGGGAUCCCUUCCCACACAGAGAACAAUGGGGAUCCCCCUGACUGGGAACAGUGGAGACCCCUGUCCCCCAUUAAGAACAAUGGGGGGGGCCUCCCCCCCGCGACUGGGAACAAUGGAGAUCCCCAUCCCCCCACUGUGAAUGAUGGAGACCUCCUGUCCCCCAAUUAGAACAAUGGGGAUACCCCCUACUGGGAACAAUGGGAACUCCCUUCCCCUCCCCCACUGGGAACAAUGGGGAUCCCCCCCCCCGACUGGGAACAAUGGAGACCCCUGUCCCCCAUUGGGAACAAUGGAGACUCCUGAGCGCAAUGAGCAUGGCUGGGUGCCAAGGUGUGGGGAGGGGGAGGGCACUGGGGUGCUAGGGAUUGGGGAGCAGGGCACAGCUGUGAGCAGGAGGAGGUAGCAGAAGGCAGCUGGAGUGAGGGGGUUGGUGGGUCGGAGAUGAGGGCUGGACAGAAAGAAAGGAACAAGUGAGCCAGAGCUGGAGGGGGUGGCAUUCCCCAGGGGGGCUAGCAGAGGGGAGCUCCAGGCACUGGGAGCCCAUGGCACUGCACCCUGUCCCCCCCAAUUAAGAGAGGCACUGAGUCCCCCCCAGCUUAGGCAGGAGUCCUAGGUGCUCCCCUCCCCCCGCUUCCAGGGCCCCAGUCCGUGCAGCGUCUCAGCCGUCUCAGCUGUCCCCCUCCACCCGUGCCCCUCUCAAGGGAUGGGCUGACACCGUCCCACUGUUGUGCCUCCUGCUGCUGGCACAGCCCCCCAGCACUGUAAGGCCUCGGUGUUCCCCAGCAUUGGAUUCAACCCGCCUCCACCCCCAGCCCGCCGGGAGCUGCAGCCCGAGCACCAGGGAGCGCUGUGCAGCUGUGCGCGAUUGGAGGGGCCAGGCCGCACCGUCUCCUGGCCGUAGCGCUGGGGGGACGAUGCGGCCCGCAGGGCGGACACAGCUGCUGCGAGGACUGGCUCUUUUAGCAUGUUUACGUAAUAAAACGUCUGGGAACAGUG